AUGAUUUAUAUGACAUUCAUUGUUAAUUCUUUUUUUUCUUCGAUUGAAGGCAUACUACCAUACACAACACUGGUUACAUUUGGUGAUUCAACAACUGAUUCCGGUAAUGCCUAUCGACUUUCGAAUCGAACUUGGCCACCUGUACCACCAUUCAAUCAAAACGGAGGUUUUGCAGAUGGUCUUCUGUGGAAUGAAUAUUUCACUCAAAAAUUAUUAACAAAUGCAACAUUGUAUGAUUAUGCUUGUGGUAGUGCUACUACGGAUAAUCAAUUGGCACAAGGAAUAAUGAGUCGUAAUCCAAAUUUAAUUGCAAAUUAUGAUAUUCGUAGUAAAACAAAAUCACCUGGUGUUCGACAACAAAUUCUUCAAUAUAAAAAUUCAAUAAUGAAUCAAACAAUUGAUUUUAAUCGAACACUUUACGUAAUAUGGUCUGGUACAAAUAAUUACUUUUUCAAUAAAACACUUACAAUAUUCGAUACUGUACAAAGUAUUAUUGAUUGUUUAAAUUUAUUAAUUAGUUUUGGUGGACAAAAUUUAGUUUUAAUUACUGAACCACCAUUUCAUCGAUUUCCAGCAUUUCGUAAUAAGAAUGAAACAAAUACAACGAAAUAUCUCUAUAUUGAACAUAAUCAAAUUUUAAAUAUGAAAUUGAAUGAAUAUUAUUCAUCAUUAAAAACUCAAUUGAAUAUUCAAUUAUUCGAUAGUUAUUCAUUUAUUUCAAUGAUGAUAGAUAAUUAUACUCAGUUUGGUUUUGAAAAUUUAGAUAGUUGCUGGGAUACAAUAUCUGGUUCGACAGUACAAGUUUUGUGUCAAAAUAUAACAAAACGAAUAUUUUGUGAUGAAUAUCAUUUGACAUCAAAAAUGCAAGCGAUAGUUGCCGAAGAAUUUUAUCGUUUUCUGACUGAAAAAUCAAAUGCUACAGAUGUACCCAAACUAUUGAGUCAGAACAACGUAUCUCACAAUGGUUCUUCGUCAUUUGCAAAUCUCGAUCAAAAUCUCAAAUAUUUUAUGGCUGAGAAAUUAUUAUCUAUAGCUGAAAAGCUCAAUGAUGGUAAAUUAAUUCUGCCAGUAGUUGUUGAACAAUAUCAAGGGGAACAUCUUCAAGUAUUGGCAAGAGCUAAUUCAACGCGUACAAUUAAAUUACAAGGAAGUCAAACUGAUGGUCGAUUGACUAUAAUGGAAGGAGAAAUUCUUGUCGGUGAAGCUCCUCCACUUCAUAUUCACCAUCGUGAAGAUGAAUAUUUUCAUGUUCUACAAGGUGAACUUCAAUUUGAAAUUGGCGAUCAAACAUUUAUUGGAAAAGCUGGUACAUGGGUCUAUGCACCACGUUAUAUUAAACAUCGUUUUCGUAAUAUUAAUUCACCUGGUGCUCGAUUAGAAUAUGUUUUUCAACCGGCUGGUAUUGAACACUAUUUUGAAGAAGUGAGCAAAAUUAUGGUCGAACAACAAGGUGAUUGGGAAAGCGCAGCUAAAGCUGUUGCCACCAAAUACGGAAUCGAUAUGCUUGGAUCACCAGAUUGGACGGGAUGA